AGACUAAGUUAGCAGGGCAUGCGUGCAAGAAAAAAUAAACAAGAAAUGACGAGUCUGUCGUAUUUAGAAUAUUACUUAGUCUUAGUUGGGCAUUAAAUUGUUUCUUGUUUUUCGGCAUGCUUCUUCAUUCUACUCCAUCAUUCCUCACUUCAGCAAAGCUAAGGACACUGGAUUUUAGUAACAACUGGAUUUCAAUUUUUGUGAAUCAAAAAUUUCCAAACGCCGUGGCUGCUUGCUCGAUUACAUACGGAACUUCCUCAACUCUCCCCGCCGAAACUCUGGCUCAGCUCGACUUGGUUUUGAGGUGAUCAAAGAUGUUCAACAACAACAAAACUAGCAACCCACGAUCUUUGUCUCAAGCUCCUCCAACAUGUACAGCAUCGGGUGAUGGAAGGAGGAGAUGGCAACUUGGAAGAGUGACUAGGGGUCAGAAGAGGUCAUCAAACCUUGGACCAGAGGUCAAGCAAGAAUGGGAUAGGGUCCAGGAUGACUUGAAAAGGUUUCAGCAGAGUUUUGAUGCAGGGGUGCAGAAUUUGGAAGAACAGACGGAUGCUAAGUCAGCUGUGACAAGAAGUCAUUGGGUGCCAAAUGCAGAGUGCAGUAAUUGCAGCAACAAAUCAUGUAAGCGCCCUCUCUGGGCGAUGUCAAAACACCACUGCAGGAAAUGUGGCCUUAUCUUCUGUGCAAAAUGUCUGCAGUUCAAGAGAAGACUAUCAUCCAAUGCAGAGUAUGAUCCAAACGGAUGGAUGUGCAAAGUUUGUGAGAAAUGUUAUGAUGCAAAAGAACAAGAGAUUGGCCAUUCACGAAGGUGGACCUAUGACCUUCAGCUCUUCCGUGCUGCUCGUCAGAAACGGGACAGUUCUAAACUUACCAGGUCUGUCAUAGAAAGAGUAUGUAGGAACCUUGUGGAAGGAUUCCAUACACAUCAUUCGUCCAACAUCUCCACACCCCAGACGGCUGGUCCAUCACCAGAGACCAAUGGAGGAGGAUCACCGACAAAAAAUCCAUUCAGCUUUUUCAAGCGCAGCGUGUCAAAGGUCGUUAGUCACGGUGUGCCCGAUUGGCAGAAACCACCAGGUUGGGUGGCUGAAGGAACUAGUUGCCAAUGCUGCAAUCGUCCGUAUGGUAAGCUGGAAGGGAAGCCCAACUGUAGGAUCUGUGGAAGGCUAGUCUGCAAGCCACAGUCUUCUAGGGACCUUCUGCUGUAUACACCGGACAAAUCAGACCGGGCUGAACUUGGUUCAGACCCUCGCUGGGCUAUCAUCAGAGUCAUUGGGAGCCCAGAAGUUGAACCCGAUGACUGUCUGUAUAUACGAGUAUGCCAUUCAUGUAAAGAACAGCUUACAGCGAUUCAGGUUGAGGAUUACCAAAGAGUGACAGAGGAAGGGGGUAUGACAUAUAUUUGUCUGCAACAGCUUGCCGAGAUCUACUCAGAUAUCAUCAAAGUUCAGACGAAGAUUGAUGCCAGUUUACCUGAGUUUCAGAAACUGAUUGAUGGUCUUGAGAUUCAGGCAGGAGCACCUACUAGCCUACCACCAAACAGGAACAACAUGCAGCUACUAGCUAAACAUCAGGGAGAUUUAUCGGAUCACCUUUCUUUGUUUGUUAUCACCGUUGGUCGAUUGAAAAGACUAGAACCACAGAGCAGGCUGCAAGUGAAACUAGUCAAGAACCUUAUGUCUUGUAAACUCAGCUUCUACCAAGAAACAAACAGUCUUUAUAGACAACUCAAGAAACAGCUUGGUGAAAUCACCCCUCAAGAGGUUCUUCAAGAAAUACAGACCAUUGUAGAUGAAAAGGCCAUCAACUCUGCUUGUUUAUCCUUGAAUCAGCUUGCCUUUGAGGUCCUUCAUCUGUGUCUCAAACACAAUCUAGAGCAGAGCUUACCACUCACUAUCAAACAAGCAGCUGAGGUUUGUGAAUCGGACCUGAAGAAAAAGAUGGAAUCAUCAGGAGAGGAUUGGGAGGAGCAUAAAAAUCAGAUCAAUGCUUUUGUCAAAAUACAAAUCAAGGGAGAUGAAGAAAAUCAUUUCAAGCCGCGCCUUUACAUUCGUCCGUCUCGUCGCAGAACGAAGAGAGAGGGCGUGCUCUACGUGGAGUGGUUUGUCAACCAGAGAACGUCUGAAGUCGCGGAGAAGAUCCAUGCUCAGUUGGUGAGCAGGACUGCCGAUCGAAGCUUUAAACGAACGAAGUCAUCCUUAGAAGAGCUCAGAUCAAGCUUCAUUGAUGAAGACAAAAAUGAUGACAAGAAUGGUUGGACACUUCUUUAGUACUCAAUAUUCUUCAGUGGUACGUAAUGCUGCAGAGGUUUAAAAUACCUGAAAGCCACCGCACACCUUACGACUCCACUAGUCUAUGACUGGUCCGCUACCAAAAGAGGAGAGAUGAAUCUCAAGGUAGUCAUAAGCCUCAACAGCGAACACCUUGCAAUCCGACAACCUGGCCUAGCCUGCUAUCAGCGAUUCACGCAUGUGCUUUUUGCCAUAGCACUCUGAGAAAAUAUCCCUUACUACUGCGUAUGUGCGUUGCAUAUCAUGUAUGAUUCAGCAUUUCAGUGCGACUCUGCUGACUGGCUGGAAGUUGGAUUAAGCUUAUGAUCUAGCUUUAAGGAUUCGACAUGUCAAAUCCUUACAAUUUUCCUUGCAAUUUGUCUCUGACUGGUCUGCGACUCUCAAGCUGACGGCUGUGACGUCACAUUUUCCUUCAAAUAUUUGUAGAGCAGUUGGGUCGUAAGGUGUGCCGUGACCUUUAUACAUUCCCUGGUGGGUCUGAUUGGUUUAAUGGAAAUGAUAACUAUUUGUUAGCAUCUUAAAGAAGUACUCCAGGCUGGAAAUUAUUUUAUCUAUUAAAAAUAGAGUAAAAUUCACUGAGCCAAAUGCUGAAAAUUUCAUCAAAAUCUGAUAAUCAAUAAUAACAUGCAAUAAAUAUGCAAUGUAUUUUGUAAAUUGCAAAAGUGUUGUGGAUCAUAAUGACCGAUUGUUUUUCCAUUGUAUGUAGAAGAAUCCAUGAAAUUAUGUGUUUGAUUUUAAAUUUACUGGUAAAAUAUAUGUAAAAUUAAUUUCUGGAAACUAAAUUGCAACUCUUGAUAUAUGGGAAAGCAGCUUGCAAGACAUCACAAAAUGGGUUGAUAGAUAUCACCUGUAUAUAAUAUUUAUUGCUUAAGGUUAUGCAUGUAGCACAAAUGUAAUAAUAUGACUGACUUGAAAUACUUUAUGCCAAUCCACUUUCAAAUAGCAGUGUACUUAUAUAUCUGAUGCACUAUAUGUACUAUUUAUUAAGUGUACUUAUUUACACAAAUCAUGAAUGCAAUUUUGUACAAUCUAGGAUUUCUAAUUUAUAACAAGGAAUAUGUGUAGUAUACCUAUGCCUGAAAUUUAUUAAUCUACGCAAAAUAUCAUGAAUGAAAUAAGCUCCUUGCAUUUUGCUUUCCUGGGAAUCUAUACUGUAGAAAUAAGUAUUUGCUGUCAGUUGAGCCUUUGGCAAGCUCUCAUGUUGAUAAGAAAAAUCUUUAAAAGAUGUGCAUCAAAUUUGAGUAUGUGAGUAAAAAGGUCUACCGGGUAUUCUUAACUCCUGUAAUGUCAAAAUAAUGCAAAUGCAGAAUUUGUUAAUUAUAUGCACUAAAUGUUGUGAAAACAUUAUUUAUAAGUAAUGUAAAUAGAUAAUGAAUAUUGUGCAACCAUUCUUUUUAAUUAAUGAAUAUUGUAAUAUUCAUCUAUCUAGUUCAGGACAUGGAUGGGGCAUUAUAAGUGCUGUAUUUAUUAUGAAACCAUUGUGUAUGAAUAAUGAAAAGGGCUAUUUGUAUUAAAUGACAUAUAAUUGUUAAAUAGCGAUUGUAACAUGUAUAUGAUUUACAAACAAAGUCCCAUAGUUUAUGUACAUGUGUUGGUAAGUGGUAUCUUCCUAACGGCUA